UCUAAGAUUUUAGAAUGAACCAAUGCAAAUGUUAUGUUUGGGAUACAUUAACCAGUCAGAAUAUGUAAGACUGUGGUUUCCUUUUCAACAGGUGCUUCCUGUUACUGCCAUUGAUUUAAUUAUUUAGCCGUCUAAGUCAGCUAUUUUCUGUCAGUGGAAUUCUAAGACAGCUAUCCCACGAAACAUCAUGAUAAGAGCAGCUUUUGUCUGCCUGCUGAUUGUGUCUGGUAUUCAAACAAAAGAGAUUGAAAGUAGUGGGUCUGUAACUGCUGUGAAAGGCAGUUCUGCAGCAUUACAUUGUGCCUCUUCAAACAAGGAUCUCAAACUGGUAUUAGUUGAAUGGGAGAAGUCCGAAAACAGAACAAAACUCGUUGUGUUCAAUGUGGCCACAAACGCAACAACUCCCCACAGCGAACGAAUAAAAUUGGAAGUUAAUGGACAUCGAUCCACGAUCACAAUCACAGGAGUUCAACCAGCAGACAGUGGCUGGUACACCUGCACAUUUCAUACCUAUCCAAACGGCAAAAUACAGGGCAAAGUACACUUGGAUGUAAACGGUAAAGAUAAUAAACCAACUUCUAAUCUGGCUACAAUUAUUAUUGCAAGUGUGGUUCCUGUAGUAAUUGUCAUUGGAAUCCUGUUUUUACUGCUAUACUUUGGACAUAGGAAAAGAAGAAUCCACACACCAAACCAGAUCAAUGUUCUACUGCAAAAUACACCAGACGCCAAUAACCAAGACACUGCUAGACCACUAAGCAGACCAAUUCCACCUAACUCUGAUGGUGAAGUCCCAGACAUCGACUACUUUAGUGUUCCAUUAAGAACUUCACUUUAAGAUUUCAGUAGUUAGAUUUGCAUAAAUGCUUUUGUGUUAAAACUGUCAACAGAUAUAAUUUCUAAUUAUGUUUCAAAAAGUUUUAUGAUCCUGCAAUGUUAUUCCUGAUGAGCUAACUGCAGCAUUUUUACAGAUGGAAAUAAAUUGGUUGUAAAAAUGUUUCCCCACCCAUGGAGAUAUUGCUAUGUAAUUUCUAGAAUUACCCAAUGAAUGUUGAAUUGGCAGGGACUGUUUGCAAUACAUUAAUCUGCACUGAAAAAAGUAAGCAAAAUUAUUAAAGAAUAAACUUGAUUAUUAUUGUGUUGUUUGAGUAAAUGUCCUCUUUCUGGCAGAGGGCGUAUGCCAUAUAUUAGAGGGCGUCAAUAAUUUCAUACAUUAGAGGGGAUAAAUGCCUUGUACAAUGCCACAUAAUAGAGGGCAUUAUACUAGUUGGUCCUAUACUAGAUGGCAAAAAUGUUAUAGACUAGUGGGCAUCAAUGUCGUAUACUGGAGGACAUAGCUUUAAGUUGAGAGCAGAUUUAAGUUUUUUAUUGUAUAGAGAGGUAGGUGCCUUGAACAUGCUGCCAAGGAAAGUGGAGGAAAACAGAUAUGAUAGCGAUGUUUAAGAGACAGACAUGGGGAGAGGCAGGGAAGGAAGGGAUUACAGACCAUGUACAGGCUCACAUGCAGUUUAAAUUGGUAUCAUGGUUGGCGCAGAUAUCAUGGAGCAAAGGAUGUGGCCGUGCUGUACUGUGGUAUUAAUUUAUUUCCUGGAACAUGAAUGGCUUUUAAUCCCGACAAGAAGCAGUAUAGUUUUGUAAACAGUUCUUUACAUAGUUAUAGUUGUAUAUAGAUAUAGUUUUCUACAAAGAUAUAUUUUUUCAAAUAAUUUCUUUAGUCAGAGUGUGGUGAAUCUGUGGAAUUCAUUGCCAUGGAUGGCCAUGGAGGCCAAGCCAUAUGGUAAUUUUAAAGUAGAGAGUGACCGGUCAAAGUUAUGGGGAGAAAGCAGGUGAAUGGGGUUGAGAGGGAAAAAUAGAUUGUUCAUGAUUGAAUGGCAGACUCGAAGGGCUGAAUGGCCUAAUUAUGCUCCUAGACUUAUGAACAAGAUGAACCUUCUCAAACAGAACAAUUGUCUAGCCUGACAGAGAAUCUCCGUGGCUGCAGUCAGGAUGAGGACAGUUUUAAGGACGCACAUGAUGUCUGAAUAUUGUCCCCUUGACAACAGUAUAAGGUUAAAGUGCACAGUACUUCAUUGAUGAUACAACUGCUGAUGGUAGUAGCAUAAUGAAUUCUGAAGUGUAUAGACACAUCCUAUCUGCUCAAGUUCAAACAAAUGUCUUAAAACUCAUUGGCUGGCGGUUCAUUCCACAGCAAGACAAUGAUCCCAAACAUACUGCUAAAGCAACAAAGGAGUUUUUCAAAGCUAGAAAAUGGUAAAUUCUUGAGUGGCCAAGUCAAUCACCCAAUCUAAACCCAAAUGAGCAUGCCUUUUAUAUGCUGAAGAAAAAACUGAAGGGGACUAGCCCCCUCGAAGGGCCAAAUGGCCUCCUCCUGCAUCUAUUUUCUAAAAUAAGCAUAAGCUCAAGAUGGCUGCAAUACAGGCCUGGCAUAGCAUCACCAGAGAAGACACCCAGCAACUGGUGAAGUCCAUGAAUCGCAGACUCCAAGCAGUCAUUGCAUGCAAAGGAUAUGCAACAAAAUACUAAACAUGACUACUUUCAUUUACACGACAUUGCUGUGUCCCAAACAUUAUGGUGCCCUGAAAUGUGGGGACUAUGUAUAAAAACAGUUGUACUUUCUACAUGGUGAAACCAAAAUGUAUAAAAAUGGCCUUUAAUUUAAUUUGACAAUAUGCACUUUAACCACAUGUGACUUUUCUCUAUUACAAAUCUCAAAUUGUGGAGUACAGAGGCAAAUAAAUAAAUGAUGGGUCUUUGUCACAAACAUUAUGAAGGGCACUGUAUCUCUAAACUAAACUAAACUACGCUAGUCACACUGACCUGCAUUUGGCCCAUAUCCCUCUAAACCUUUCCUAUCCACGUACUUGUCCAAAAGCCUUUUAAAUGUUGUAAUAUAUGUUGGAGGUAUGUUCAUAUCAGCUCUGAAAGAGUGCUGAGUCUAUGUAAAAGGGUACCAGAAGAGAGUUUGGAAUGGUGCAAUGUGUUUGAUCUACCUAGAUAUAGUUAGGUUUCUGUAAGACCAACGGGCAAUGUACAUAGUGAGUACUGCAGUGGACAUGAAUGCAUGCUUAGUGUUAUCUGCCUUUGAGUAGUGUUUUGUUGAGCCUGUAGCAGCAGUAACAGUGGUUCUGAAAGCACACUACAAUCAGACCAGCAUGGUUGAAAUAUCGAGACACAAGAACGGUCUGAAGGAGGAUGCCGAUUUGAAACACCAUCUGUCCAUUCCGUCCACAGAUGCUGCCUCAUCUGCAGAGUUCCUCCAGUGGUUUAUUUUUCUUUGCGUGGUUGAAAGGUUUGCUGACGUUAAAUUUUGGACCUUGCAUUGUUAAUGAUAUUCUUUGAUAACCCCAUUCUCCCCAUAACCCAUGACACCUGUACUAAUCACGAAUCUGUCAAUCUCUGUCCUAAUUAAGACAAUGAUGGGGUUUUUUUGGGUUGUAAAGAUGAUUGGUUGUAAAUGACUGUAAAAGUUUUAAUUUGUGCUGAAUAUUUACGUCAUUUUUUAAUUGGUAUGACUGCCAAUGAUCAAUUUUAAAAUUUUUAGAUGUGUGCUUGGAUGAUAAACAUAGGAAUCAAGUGCCAUGAUGCAGUGAUUGCUUUUUAAUAGCUAAACAAGUUAAGCAUUGUAUUCAGUAAUUAUUCCAUGCAAAAUAAACCAUAUGAAUGCUGUACAAUUUCAAACUAAGCAGGCUGGGUGUUCUGCAUUUAGCAUUAUCUACACGGAUUAAUAGUUUUAAACUGUUGUGAUCCUCACAUUUCAUCCCUGAGAAAAAUUAAAAAUUGAUUUCAGCGCACAGCCUUCUAGAUGUAAUAAAUCAUCAUUAAAACAGCAUGGAAAAACAUUCGCUUUGAGACACAAAACAUAUUUGAGGACUGAAAGACAAUUUCCAGAGACAAACUUAAAUGAUACUAAAUCUGCAACUUAAACAGGGAGAUGCGAUUAAAUAAUCAGUUCCACAUGCAGAAAGUGAAAUCUUGUAAAACACGACAGCUUGUUCUGUGUCACCUUCCUGAGCUAACAUUGAAAUGAGUCA